AUGUUGUCAGCGAGGCGUUCAUUAAGAUCACCUGUAUCUUUUAUCAGAAGGUCGUUAGCUACCUCUAGCGAUUUCGCUUCGGCAUUCGAAGUUCCUCAUGAGUACAAGUCAAGAACUCCACCUUAUGCCAAAUUGGUGGGAAAUUUGCAAACAGUGCAAAAAGUUACAAAUGGCAAACCUUUAACUUUGGCAGAAAAGAUCUUGUACUCACAUUUGGUGGAUCCUGAAGAGACCUUCGCACUGGUAAAUGGUGAUUUGGCUCAGGUCAGAGGUCAACAAUACUUGAAGUUGAAUCCUGACCGUGUUGCUAUGCAAGAUGCUUCUGCCCAGACUGCGCUUUUGCAAUUUAUGACUACUGGAAUGUCUAGCACUGUUGUUCCCGCUUCUAUUCACUGUGACCACUUGAUUGUCGGAAAAGAGGGCGCAGAUGCCGAUUUGCCAAGUUCUAUAGCUACCAACAAAGAAGUUUUUGAUUUCUUGCAAAGUUGUGGUGAGAAGUACGGAAUCCAGUUCUGGGGGCCAGGUUCUGGUAUUAUUCACCAGAUUGUUUUGGAGAACUUCUCUGUUCCUGGAUUAAUGAUGUUGGGAACAGACUCCCACACGCCCAACGCUGGUGGCUUGGGAGCUAUUGCAAUCGGUGUUGGAGGUGCUGAUGCUGUAGAUGCCUUGACUGGAACUCCAUGGGAAUUGAAGGCUCCAAAAAUAUUGGGUGUUAAGUUGACAGGACAAUUGAGUGGAUGGUCCUCGCCAAAGGAUGUUAUCACCCACUUGGCUGGCCUUUUAACUGUUCGUGGAGGUACUGGCUACAUUGUUGAAUAUUUUGGCGAUGGUGUCGAGUCUUUAUCUUGCACAGGAAUGGCCACUAUAUGUAAUAUGGGUGCCGAAAUCGGUGCCACUACAUCUACUUUCCCAUAUCAAGAAGCUCAUCGCCGCUACUUGGUACAAACAGGCCGUGGUCCCAUUGCAGACGCUGCUGAUGUGGCAUUGAAUAAGUUUGGGUAUUUGAAGGCUGAUGAAAAUGCUCAGUACGAUAAGGUUAUUGAAAUUGAUUUGUCUAGUUUGGAGCCUCAUGUUAAUGGACCAUUCACCCCUGACUUGUCUACCCCCAUCUCCAAAUUUGGUCAAACUGCAAAGGAGGAAAGUUGGCCUUCAAAGGUCAGUGCUGGUUUGAUUGGAUCUUGUACUAAUUCUUCUUACCAAGAUAUGUCUCGUGCAGCAUCCAUCAUCAGACAAGCAGAAGAAGCUGGGUUGAAGCCUAAAAUUCCAUUCUUUGUCACCCCGGGUUCCGAGCAAAUUAGAGCUACCAUAGAAAGAGAUGGCUUGAUUGAUGUGUUCGAGCGUAAUGGGGCCAUCGUCUUGGCAAAUGCUUGUGGUCCUUGCAUUGGACAGUGGGACAGAACAGAUGUUUCCAAGGACUCGUCUGAUUUCAAUGCUAUCUUCACUUCUUUCAACAGAAACUUCAGAGCCAGAAACGAUGGUAACAGAAACACAAUGAACUUCUUAACUUCUCCGGAUGUUGUUACUGCGAUGAUUUAUUCUGGUGAUAUGAACUAUAACCCUGUCACGGACUCUAUCGAAAAGGAAAACGGCGAGGCUUUUAAAUUUGCUCCACCAAAAGGUGAAGAAUUGCCACAUGACGGGUUUAUCAAAGGACGCAGUGAGUUCUACCCAGAAGCCAACCCUCAACCAAAGCCAGAGGUUCAAAUUAAUGUUUCGCCAGAGUCUGAUAGAUUGCAAAUUUUGGAGCCUUUUGCACCUUGGUCUGGAGAUGAACUUUCGACCACAGUUUUAUUGAAGGUUGAGGGUAAAUGUACCACGGAUCACAUCUCUGCAGCUGGUGUUUGGUUGAAAUACAAGGGCCAUCUAGAAAAUAUUUCAAACAACACGUUGAUUGGUGCUGUUAACAAAGAAACUGGCGAGGUCAAUAAGGCUUAUGAUUUGAAUGGUGAUGCCUACACUAUACCUGAUUUGAUGAUUAAAUGGAAGGAUGAAGGAAGACCAUGGAUUGUCGUUGCAGAACACAAUUACGGUGAAGGUUCAGCCAGAGAACACGCUGCUAUGUCCCCUAGAUUCAUGGGAGGCUCGAUCAUUUUGGUCAAGUCUUUCGCACGUAUUCAUGAAACCAACUUGAAGAAGCAAGGUAUGUUGCCCUUGACUUUUGCUGAUGAAAGCGAUUACGACAAGAUUUCUGCCGGAGACCAAUUGACUACUGUGGACUUGAAGGACAUGGUGGCCAAGAACGGUGAUAACGGUGGCGUCUUAAAGGUUAAGGUGACCAAGAGGGAUGGAUCUGAGUUUGAGAUUUUGUGCAAGCACACAAUGUCCAAGGACCAGAUUGAUUUCUUCAAGGCAGGUUCUGCCAUCAACUACAUUGGAAACUUGAAGAAGCAACAAGCAGCAGAAUCAUCUGCUUGA